ACAUCCACACAUCCUGAGAAGGCUUUUUGAGACGAUGAUUUUACAGUUGUUGGUAACAUCUGUUUGAAUCCUCUGAAGACUGUGUAGAAAAUUCUACAUACAAUUCCAUUUUCUCGGGAAAAUGGGAACAACCAUAUUCACUAGCUGUUGCUUGUCCUGGAAAGUCCCUUCACUAGAGAAAGGGUGUUCAAGAACAAAGGCUUUUGGAGGUUCAAGAGAAAAUGGGUAUUUUGAUGAUGAAGAGAGUGAGAGAUUGGUCUCUGGGUUGUUGAAGAGAAGGCAAGCUUUAGUUUCUGGGGUUGGAUUACUAUCUUCUGCUGUUUUGGGUUAUCCAAGAGAGGGAUUGGCAGUAGUGAAACAGGGUCUUUUGGCUGGGAGGAUACCUGGUCUCUCUGAACCAGAUGAACAAGGUUGGUGCACAUACCGCAGACCAGAUGAGAAGUCCGGAGGGCAUGGCGUUGGAUGGAGUCCAAUUAUCCCAUACAUGUUUUCAGUGCCUCAAGACUGGGAAGAGGUUCCUGUAUCGAUUGCAGAUUUAGGUGGCACAGAGAUUGAUUUGAGAUUUGCUAGUCCUAAAGAAGGACGAGUAUUCGUCAUUGUUGCUCCUGUCCUCAGAUUUGCAGAUAAUCUUGGUGAUGACGCUAAAAUUGAGCGAAUUGGACCACCCGAUAAAGUGAUUAGUGCAUUUGGACCAGAAGUGAUUGGUGAGAAUGUAGAGGGCAAGGUAUUAAGUUCUGAAGUAGCAGAACACUCUGGGAGAAAAUAUUACCAGUUUGAAUUGGAACCUCCUCAUGUUCUGAUCACAGCUACUGCUGCAGGGAAUCGUCUCUACUUGUUCAACGUAACUGGCAACGGUCUUCAAUGGAAGAGGCAUUACAAGGAUUUGAAAAAAAUAGCCGACUCUUUCCGUGUCGUCUGAGUGGGAGAUUCUUUCUUAUAAAUUCAGAUUUCAAAAGUAUGUAAAUCUAUGGCAGAAAAGAAAAAAAUAGUGCAUGUACAACACAACGGUUUGAAUCUAAAUGAAUCUAAAAAUAUGUACUUUAUUCAAAUGAUAAA